AUGAAGGGGUGGGCACAGAACCAGAAAAGGCAAAACAGUGACUGGUCACGGGCGCAAGUAGGAAAAAUAAAUAAGUGUGAAACCCUUGGCCCAAGCUGCAGCAGUAGUGAUGAUGAAUUGGCUGAUGGAAAUCUCACCUGCUUAAGCCACGAGGAGAGGGCGCCUAAUUGUGAGGGAUCAACAUGGGAGAAGGAAGUAGCAGUGGUGGUAGCUCCACGAUACGAAGAACAACCAGAUAGACAAACAGCCGAUUCAACGCCAGUGUUGCAACGCACAAAACCCAAUAGCAAAUGGGAAACUCAAUGGGAUGACAAGAAAAAGCCGUCGUACCUUAUCUCUGGGUCCCUCGAGCGGGUGGGCAAAGAAGACGCACUAGAAGGACUAGCUUACUCGUUUAGUGAGAGCCGGCGUGUAAAGAACAAUCGACACGAUCCACUCGACCCCAAGCGACCCAAAAGUCAAAACGAGAUAGAAAGUAGGGUGGAAAAGAUGAGUAAGAGAAAUGAAAAUGCGGAGAUGCAACUCAAAAUAAGGGCGGAGGAAGUUAAUCAGACUAGCAAUGCACCUCCGAUGCAAGUCUGCCAAAUGACAACCACGAGGGCAAUGGUCGAGACCCCAAGACCAGUCGCGUGUUAUCACGGGAGGGGAGGCUUAUCUCCAGGGGUUGGAGAUAUAGGAGGAAGAUGUGAAUGGAGCAAAAGCACAAAUCACAGUGAUAGCAGAACAGCCAGGGAGAAGCUUAGCCGAAUGCGGGGAGACGAUUCGGCUCAAUUGCUGGUUCUUCUUGGGUCUUCCCCGCCCAGUGGAGUCGGACCGGACCCAGUAACCGAACCCAAUGACCCAUUGGAUAAAGAAGCACAGCAGAAAGAAGGAAAGAGGAAUGAAUGCAUGCAGACAAACAACAGCACACUGUUCCUUCCCGUUUGGGGUCUGCAAUUCAGAGUGUCUGAAAAAGGCAAGUACUUUGAGUCACGUGGAUAUGUAUCACGCCAGACGGUGUUUGGUAUCCCAGCGGUAUGA